ACUCAUUUGUUUUUAACUAAACAUUGUCAAACGAGUAGAUUACAGAAUCUUCUAAAUUUUUACAUCAUGAAAGCUGUAACUGGAUUUGUUCUUUGCUGUUUGAUAAUUGCUGCAACUUGUAAGUUGAGAUGUUUCAAGAGCGCCCUCUCCCGGUGUCAUGCGAAGCAACGGAUUUCAGAAGAUAUAACAUAUUGUCAGAAUGAAAUUGCUAUGCAUCAGUGUCAGCUGAAUGCUUCUUUAGAAUGUGGAUUGGGGUUUGAUUCCACGGCAAGGCAAGCAAUCUCUGCAUUAACGGACGUAUGUACAAAUGGGACUGAAUCAAAUAAAG